GAGCGGCGAACUCCCGUCCGGGGCUGCCGCUGCGCCUGCGCGGGAGCGCUCCGGCCGGGGGCUCGGCGGCGCGCGGCGGAGGAUCCGCGGCGGGGCCGGGAGGUCGCGCGGAGCCAAGCGGAUUUGCCAGUUCCCAUAUGCCUGUGGGGAUCGGGUUCUGGCUCCUUGUCAGUGCUCAAGAGGAGCCAAUGCGCCUAGCAGAUCUAGAAUUACAAUUUAUGAAAGUAGCAGGGAGAUGGAUGCUUAUUGGAUGCUCUUGAGUUCUUGAGAUGAUUGUUGGGACACUCUGAAGCAAAGACAGGAGAUGCCGUCAGCCUUCUUAUUUUGUGAGCUGUGGAGAAGAGAGACCCCACCUACGGGAUUGCCUUCUGACUUGCCCUUUCUCCCAGCUGUUGGUGGUGAGCAUUCCUGUGCCACAGGAGCGGAGGGGAGAGCUGCUGCACAGAGCUGGAGCGGUGCAAAUGAGGUCAAAGGGCAUUUGACCAACAGCUGAGGGUUCUCCCUUCUCUGCGGAACAGAAAACCAACUCCUGCCAGGUAGAUGAACAUAGGGGAGAGGACAACUCCAGCUGAACUGAUGCAUCUUGGCACCUGAUAUCAGGCUCAGCUUUUGACAUGAAGAAAGAUAUAGAGUCUUUAAUAGCCCAGGAAAAAGCAGAGAUCGUUGCCAAGUAUGAGAAGGGCAGGCAGGAAGGAGCUCAGAUUGAUCUGUGGGAAGAUGCCAAUUUCACGCUGUACAAAGUUACAGACCGCUUUGGAUUCCUGCACGAGCAGGAGCUGCCGACCUGCACAGCCUUGGAGGAGAAGCAAAAACAGCAGGAAAUCGAACGUGUGGACAAGUGGCUAAAGAUGCUGAGGAAGUGGAACAAAUACAGGAAUAGUGACAAGAUGUGCCGGCGAGUGUACAAAGGGAUCCCACUUCAGGUGCGAGGCCAGGUCUGGGCGCUUCUGCUGGAUGUUGAGAAGAUGAAGAAGGAGAAUGAAGGAAAAUAUGAGCAAAUGAAAGAACAAGCAAAGAGUUUUUCUACGGAAAUCAAGCAGAUAGAUUUGGACGUUAAUCGCACCUUCCGAAACCACAUCAUGUUUCGGGAUCGUUAUGGAGUGAAGCAACAGGCACUCUUCCAUGUCCUGUCAGCAUACUCUGUUUAUAACACCGAAGUGAGCUACUGCCAAGGGAUGAGCCAGAUUGCAGCCAUCCUCCUGAUGUACUUAAAUGAAGAGGAUGCAUUUUGGGCACUGGCACAGCUGCUGACCAACCAGCGGCAUGCCAUGCAUGGUUUUUUCAUUCCUGGGUUCCCGAAACUGCAGCGAUUUCAAGCUCACCACGAGCAGAUUUUAAGCAAGCUGUUUCCCAAACUGAAGAAGCACAUGGACAAGGAGCAGAUGACUGCAGGGAUUUACACAACCAAGUGGUUCCUGCAGUGCUUCAUUGACCGGACCCCAUUCACCCUCACCUUGCGGCUGUGGGAUAUCUACAUCCUGGAAGGAGAGCGUGUGCUGACGGCCAUGGCUUACACCAUCCUCAAACUCCACAAAAAGCGCCUGCUGAAGAUGACACUGGAAGAUUUACGGGAAUUUCUGCAGGAGAAAAUUGCCGCUUCCCUGCAGUAUGAAGACGAUACUGUUAUUGAGCAACUGCAGGUGUCAAUGACUGAACUGCGCAAGAUGAAAUUUGACCUCCCCCCUCCAGCAAAGCCUGAGGAGUUCCCACGGAAACCCCUGGGCCUGGAGCUCUCCCUCAACCCGGUAGCUGUGAAGGGCAAUGUGGAAGCCAACAGCCAGAAUGGCCGGCUAGGUGAGCACCCCCUGGACAGGGAGCCUCAUCACCACAGAGGUCCCGGGGUGCCAGAAGGAACGGCAGAGGCCAGGACUCCUACCCUCCAGGGCAGUGCAGCAACUGAAGAGACAGACAUCCACCUGCAUCCUUCUGGCAGGGAGCCGCUGGGAGAGGAGGGUCAGGUGGAUGGGCAGCUGCUGCCUCUUCUGAAGGCAAGCGAGUCGCAGGCCCAUCAUCACCUCCCGCCCAUGGCCCUGCCUCUAGAGCAGCCUCUUCCCAUUCCUGGCCUUGCCAUAGUGGACCACUCCCUUCCCAGCCCAGCUGAGCAUGGCUCCUCAGACUCCUCUUUCCAAAACACACCAAGUCUUCCUGACUCAACCACCGCUGAGCUUUCCAUUACAGACCAUGUUGUAUGGCAGCCGAAUCCUGCUGCCCUGCUCGCAGGAGAACAAGCAUCUUCCCUCUGCAAAGAGAAAGUCCUCGAGGUACCCUCUCAUCCUCUGCCGGGCAGCUGGCAGCAGCUCUCCAGCGUGUCACAGCACAACAGCUCCCCGGAGAGCAAACACAGGCAGGAGACAGCUGAGAAAUGCUGCAGAGCAGCACUGCUGGACAAAAAGGGCUUGAAGCGCUUGGCAUCCAAAGCUGCAUCCACAGGGGAGCUUGCCAGCCUGCAGCAGAAUGGGCCAAGGUGUACCAUUGGCACUGUGUGUGGGCUGGAGGGCUUGGGCAAGCUGGCAGGUGGCAGCGGGCCUGUCUUAUCCUGCAGCAAGUCAGAGGCAGUGGGACUGGACAAGGACUGCCCCUUCCAGGAAGCGCCUUCCCCCACAGUGGAGGGUAACAGCCCCUACACCAUUAUCAAAACUACCACUCCCCUCCACCUAACCCAUGCAACAGAGCAGGACUUCUCGAACAGAAAGCAGGUGGCAUUGCCUCUGCCAGAGACUGGACGUCCCCUGCCAGCCACCCCCAUGCCACCACCUCUUGUACUGGACCUGGAGGAGGCAGAUGCUCAAAAAAGCCUCCAGAAACCAUUAAAUGCACUGAAAGCCCCAUGGCCCACCCUGAACCCCAAACCAAAAAUACCACUGCAGGUUGCCAAAUCCCACUCAGAAAACAGCUUCCUUUCUAGCUCUCCUCCCAUUGCAAAACUGCCCAAAUCGGUGACCUUUUAAUGGGGAUGGCGGGAAGCGAAGUACAGGAAAGGGGUGCUGGAGCAGCACCCUCACCCUGGGUUUGGGACCUUCUCUUCAGCAGGCUUGUGUCAGGGUGACAGCACAGCAGCCAUUGCCUGUCGAGCUGUGCUUUGGUACGAGUGCCUGGCAAGAGAUGGAGUGAGGGCCGCUGGCACCAGGAGCUACCAGCAAAUGAGGUUUCAUUUUUAAUUCCUUGAAGCUUCCCAAGCCUUGUCACCAUGUCAGGAGAGAGGCAAAGCUGGUGAAUGUUUUGUUUUCUUCUGCUUCUACCUGCCAUGGGUACCCAUGGUCAUGAAAAUGGGUGCAAGGCAUAGGACUCCAAAAUUUUUUUCUAAAACACCUGAUCAGUGCAGCCAAGAGCAUUGCUUUCAAAGGCCUUUUGUAGCAAUAGAUCUUUGUUUCUUUUCCCAGACCUGUGGCUGCAGGCAGCAGCAUUUUUAGGCAGGGCCAUGGUGUCCCGGCAAGGCACAGGCAACCUGCUGCCUACUCUGUGCAAUUCCACCUGAGCAGUGCCCGGCUGUGCCCAGCUCCUGGCACAGUGGUAGAUGGUGUCCUGGAGGGGAGGUUUAACAGCUGGCGAGUCCCUGGUCGGGGGGCCACCUUGGCAUGACCCUGGUCAAAAGGUUGUUUCUUUCCCAAGUUCUCAAGAUGACAUGGACAGUGAUGAAGAUUGAGCCUGUUCUCUUUGGUGUUGCCUUUGCCUUGCAAGCCCAGGGAGCUCACUGCCUUUCUGUUGGCUGAACAGGAAAAGGGGCUGCUGCCUUAGGGUACCUCCUGCCUACUAGCAAGCUGCUGGAGGUGUGAUGGUGUCAAACCACAGGGCCCAAGCUGAAGCACUUUUACUUGAAGCAAGUUAAGUGUCAGGGUGGAAAUAGCAUAGGAGUUGGGGGAAGGGGAACACAUUGCCCAGAAUAGGAUCUCAGCCCUUCUGGUUUAGUCCACCCAGAAAUCAUCAACCAAAGGAAGGAAAUGUGGGCACAGAGGUUUAGAGCGUCAACAUCAGCACAGUCUACUGUUGAGGAGAUAACGUGAUCAGUGUCUGUGUGUGCUCUUCAUGUAUCAAGUCCUGGUGGCCUGUCCAUCCCUGUCCCAGUGUGUUGCUGCACAGCCCAAACUGAUGGCAGAUGGUGGUGCAGUGACAGUUCACCCCCACUGAAAGAGCCGCUCCAAACUCCUGUUCUCAGUAUUUACUUCACCCCUACAGGUGAAAGGACUUCAUCAGGAAGGAAACUCAAUGGCGGCAGCAGGAAACAAACUAGUCUAUGUGCUGUAUUUGACUUAGCUGUCCAGAAGGGGUGGCUGCAAAUGCCACCUUAGGUGGGACUGCAGGUAGGAUUCCCAUACUGUUGAUGGAGAUCUUGGGCAAAAGGUCCUUUAAGUUCUAAGGAGACUUUGAAAACUUUCAUCUCACAGGCUGUGUCAGUAACAUAACCUGAGCUGAAGCCUAUUUGGAAGCCUAGCAGAAAAUUUUCACUAAGUUACUUUGUGGAGUUAUCAGGGUGUUUGGUUUGGGUUUUUUUUUUUGCCUUGUGUACAAGUGGUGGUUUAUAUUAGCAGGGAGAGCAUCAAGGGGAGCACCCCACCUUUGUUUGGAUGUAGCCAACCACACCACAGCACCCUCAGCUUCUGUAGCAACCCUUGCUCUGUCAGACACCCCAUCUUCUGCUGAGUCUCCAAUAUUGCCCAUCCUCUUUCCCUCUGCAAAGCAGGGAUAACCCUGUUAGCUACCUCACAGGAGCGUUGUGAGGAGUCGAGAGUUGCCCUUGGAUAAGUGCUGUAUGACUGUUCAGUGUGCUUUGAGAAAGAACUGGUGCUUAAAUUGGUUUUAAUUUAGAGUAUGUUUUUCAGUAACUGUGCAGUAGUUACUUAAACCUAUUUGUGUACCUGGGCAGUAUUUCAGGACAAGUGUAGGUGGCCUUUUGCUGUCAGCUGGAGCUCAGUGGGAAGCAACAAGGAGCAUCUGAGGGCUGGUGGGCACCUCUUGGCUUGGUUUCCAUUGCUGGGGUUCUUUCCUCCCCUUGAAGCACACACAGGACUCCUGCUAAGACAUCUGAGCAUUUGGCUCAUGUGUGCCAGAGCUGAGACUAUUUCCCCUCAUUUUCAUGUUCUCCUCCUGAUUUUGGGCCUUUGAACAUCAUGUUCAACAUCCUCCUGGCUCCUCAACACAUAUGUGUCUGGGAUGUUUUGCAGUAUGCACAUUUAGAAAUGCCCCAGCCUUAGCUCUUUUGCUGGGGAUAGGAAAAGAAGGACAAGGGCGAGGGUGGCAGCUCAGUAGGACAAAUAACUGGCCCAAGCCGCUUGUACCCUUGCCCCAGCUUUCUUCAACAGCCUCAGACCCAUAGUAAAAGCCACUCUUACUGUGAGCAGCUCAGGAAAGCAGCUCCCCUUAGCCUUGCCCUCACAGUCCUGGAACAGCUCUCACCUUGCUGCCCUCCAUGUAGUUUUGGUUGGUGGUGUUUGGUUCAUAAUUAAGCAUUUUGAGUGGCUGCGGUGCCAGCAAGCAGCAGGAGCCAUGUGGACCAAUGAUGGGGACCAGCUGCAGUGUGGAAUGGCAGUCAAGGUCAGGGGCUGUCAGCCAUACCCUUUGAGAGCAUGGCUACGAUCCGCUUUUCUUUUUAAUUGCUAUCCUUGUUUACAGCGUGGAAUGCUUCCUCUGUGACUCUUUGUAAUGUAUUGUAAUUAUUACUUUAAGAAAUAUUUUUUAUGUCUGUGCUUUUCUUGUGUGUG